UCUCCGGCGACCGAGCGAAAGCAAAGAAGCGGGCUGAAGAGGCGCCUGCUUGCGGAGAGUGGAUCCUCGUGGAGAGAGCGAGGCCCAGCGACGCUUCGUUCGUCGUCCCGUGUGUGUAGCACGCGAUUGUCUUGGUCGGUGGUGAGGGUCGUUCACAUUUGCUGGUGCCCAGCGAGAUUCGGAGUACACGAUCUGCGCAGAAGCUCUCCGGCUACUUCGACAAGGGUACGCCCCCAGACUCGCGAGUGGAACCAAAAUAAACGGGCCCUGCAAUGGAGUGUGGUCUGGCAGCAGGCACGGGGUCCCUCAAAGGAGAGUGCCUCGCAGCUGGUCCCAAGUCGCUGCACGUCAACUUCGAAGGAGGCGACAAGGAGGAGCUUCAGGACCGCAAGAAAAAGUACCUGACAGCCAAGUACGGCCCGCACCAAAUGAGCCUCAUAAAGAAGCGGCUGCGUGUUGAAAUGUGGAUGUACGAGCAGCUCCAGCGACUCUUUGCCUGCUCGGAUGACAACCACGACAUUGAAAUAGACUUGGACGAGCUCUUGGACAUGGAGAGUGAUCAUCGACGAAGAGACUUUCUCAGGACAAAACUGAAGGGUGCCAAACAGACUCGGGAUCAAGUUGAGAUGUUCAUCGAUGAGCUGAUACAGCGCGCCAAGACUCUGUGAGAACAUCCACCAGCCAGGUGUUCGUCCUAGUCAUCAGGACCCAUGUUCUUAAGAAAAUCUCACCGCACCCAUACGCUUAUAUGCCACACCCCACUGUGUCCUCGACAUUUCUUACUGUGCGUUUUUUUGUUUACCUGCAUGUUGCAGCAACAGGCAUGUUUUCCCAUCACCACACUGUUCAUGCUCACCUAAAUACCUUGGCCGCAUGCGGCUGCAUUCUAGCUGGCAAAGGCAGAUGAUGAAGUGAGAUGUGCUCGCCCUGUGAAAGUACUUAGAACGUCUGAAACUGUCACAUAGUGCGUGUGGACUGGGUGAUCAAGGCAAGCCUGUAUGUGUUGAAUGCCUUGGUCAAGACAGAAGAACUAUGGAAGUACUUGCUUGUGGAACCGAAAAAAGCGUGAAGCUGUUGCGUGCGAUCUUUCGUGUCCCCAGAAAGUGCACACGACCUGCACCUUGUGUGGGUUCAUCUUCAUCAACAAAAGUACUCAUCUUGAGCGGAAACUGCUGUGCCAGAUCAGUGGUUACAGUGCUAUGCCGUUAAUUCGGAGGGCACUGGUUCGAUCUCGGGCAAUGGUGGUUGCUUUUCGAAGGAGUCAAAGUGCAUAGGGGCUGUGUACGGCCAGUGCACGUGAAGGAACUUUAGGUGCUUCAAACUACCCAAGCCCUCUAGCACAACUUUUUCUCAUAGCCUUAAUUGCUGUGGGACAUUAAACUUCGUACACCAACAAACCAUCAUUGCAUUUGUUGUAGAUGAUGCUAAGGUUUGAGUACUUGUGGUGAUGAUGAUGAUGCUAAGCCCUGACUAGUCCUCGAAAGAGGUAGCAAGAGGGACGAUGUUUUCUAAGCCUGAAGGAGCCACAGAUAGCAUUGUGACUUUUGCAGAAAGAAAAAAAAAAGGGGGGUAGUCGUCGUGGGAUGAUUAGUGAUUUGGAAAAUUGCUCAGGUGCGUUUGUGAAGCUAAGAGCACAACCUUUCAAACGAGUUCUUGAAUAGGUUAACUUGCGACGGAGACCUUUUGUGUAGCUGGUACGCAACUGAAAUGACCCAGUACGAACACCGAAAAAAACUGGGAUACUGCGUCACUAUUUACAUUUAGAAAACGUUCUCGCUCACAACUGUGUUGCGUAGCUGUUUGCAUACCUGCAAAGCCACACACUUGACUAAGAAUACUGUGUGUAAAUUGGCAUCUAAUAGUGAAGGGCCAUUAUUCAUAAAAACUUGUUGGUUUUGCCAGAUGGAAGACUUAAAUUAGGAGCACUGCCAUAUGUUUAGCAGUAAACAGCCUGUGCACAAAAGCAAACGAGUGAAGCUAUAGGCUCAAGUGCAUGUUUUGACGCAUGUGCUGCUUCCAAUAACAGUGACAGCGGAUCACAAUAUUCAGGAUUCAUAAAUUCGUAUAGCAAAAUUUUUUGCAUAAUAUGUAUAGGAAGAGCAGCGGGGAUUUUCUAAAAGUUCGUUAUUCUAAAAAUAUUCAUCGAACUGACUUUCGUGCAAGUGAAAGUACACUGUUUUGUGCUAUAUCGAUCUUUUGUUUCAUCUUUAAACAAAGAUGACAACAUUCACAUUUCAUGAUUUGUUGAACAACUAAUAUAAGUUUCCCACACGGAAGAUGAGAUAUUUAUAGUGUUUCCAGCGUUGUUUAUGAUGUUUCUCAGAUCUUGAACUAUUAUCAAGUUUAACAAUUGAUGGCGCGCAAUAGUGCAAACUUGCUUGUGAACUGUAAAAUGCACCAUGCAGCCCGCCUGCAUAAACUCGCCACUAACACACUGUUAGUUGCGUGAUUAGCCCAUAGAACUUCAUUAUGCGAUGAAAACUGUCAACCUGAGGAUGUUGCGUAGAUUACUGGAUUGGUGCAGUUAAUAGACAUGGCCACACCUUGCAUCUGGUGCAGCAUUCACGUGACAGUGACACUGAAAAGCUUGUGCAGGACCGCUCAGUCUUCGGGCGGAGCCAUUUCUCUCCGUUACACUGCUAACUGAGCUUUCUAAGGUCGCGUGACUACGUACGGUUACAAAAGUGAGAGUUCAACAGCAAAUACCUGCUUGGAAACGUUAAAAAGUAGCGCAAUCUGCCUGCAUUUGCCCAAGCCGUAUUAUUGCAUUGUCUGGAUGAUGGUAGAUUUGAAGUGCUGUCCAUACAUUUCAUCUAAACUGUUUCACUUUCAAUGUCCUAACUGUGUCUCCAUGCCAGUAGUGCAUCUUACCAUUUUUUCUACAAGUUCUUUAUUUGCCUUAGGCUUAGUUAAGGCACUGAGCCACUAUUCAUAAGAUUUGCGAGGAACCAUUUUUCUUGCGCUUGAGCCGCGUGGACACGGGCAGACUUUAUCGAAUGUUCUAAGUAGGACUGCAUAUCAUUCUAAUUCAGUGCUUUCAUAGUUUCUAUGCAAAUGCAGUGUCUAAAGUGACUGCGGCUGCUUUCUGUUAACUGGGAUUAAAAAAAAGUUUUCAUGUUGUUGCUAGGCCCUAUAGAGCGGAUAUGCCGGAUUGCUUACAACAAAGCUUGUAGCGAUAGGCUAGCUCUUUCUCCUUUCUGCAGCAAUCUGAGGAGCUAUCAAGCCCCCAAUGCCAUUCUACAACCAUGUUUACAUAUAACUUGCCAUGCUGCCUUAAUGCAGACGUCUUUUGGUAAUUGUUAGGCAGUAGUAAAUUGUAUGGCUGACACAAACCUUACGAUACUCUUCAUACCAACAGUCCUUCUUGCAAAUACAUAGCAUGUUGUUGUGUAGAAUCUAGUGUUUCACUUCAAUGCUGGAUUGGACGUCUGCGAAGGCUUUCUUGCUUGUGCUGGAGACUUUAGCUAAAUUAUAAUUGUAGCAGGUAGGCAGCGCUUAAAAAUGCAUUCGGUUUCUUCAUUCAGAGCAUCUGCAAGUGUGGUCAAGAUUAUACAGAGUGUCUGGUUUGGGCACCAUUCUAGGGAACUAACGUCAAGAUGUCUAUGCUUCGUUGCAAACACUUUGAACCUGCCAAUCGUACAUGCCACUCUGUUUGAUGAAGGGUGAAAAACGAGUACAAAAAGUUGUUCUAGCAAGUACGGGCCACAUGUGAAAGCUUGAAAGCGACUCUGAAUGUUGUCUGUUUUCACAGAGUCUAUGAGAGAAGAGGAAAGUACUGUUGUUUUUUUCAACAUGACUUGGAACGGGUCAUAGUGUCAGCAGGUGAUUAACCGAAGCAGCUGUCAUACAAUGUUGUGUUUGGAGAAAGGCUGUAACGUGUUGCUGUUGAUGUAGUUUAGAGUACACCUGUGCUGCUAUGAUGGUAAGAUGUACCUGCUUUUGGGCGACUCAGGCUUGUUUAGGAGUUGGAAUAUGUUGCAUUUUUUCACACUAAAAGCACGUUUUCUUUCUCUAACUUUUAAUCCUGACGCUACUGCCAUCUAUUAUAUAAAUUUUUUUUUACACACACCUUUGGUGCAAGACUCAUUUUCAUGGUGCAAAUUGUAUUGCUGCAAACAUGAGGCAAUUCGGUGUUAACGUGUCACUGCAAUGUGGAACGAGCGUGCAGCAUAUAUUCUGAUGCUGCCGCUAGGCCUUAACACACUGUGCGAUUAUAGUGUUUUAAUCUACUGCAUGAGAUUUUGCGCAGGUUUUUGAGAUUGCUUUAGCAAGGACACUUCAGUACAUGUGCCAUGAACACAGCACUAGUGCGUGUCUUGACAAUGCUUUUUAUUUCUUUGUGUAGAAUGUCGUGCAUGCAUUGCACAUUGUCACCAAACAAAUGAAGUUUUUGAAUGAGCCGCAAUUAGCACUCGCAAUGUUUUUGAAUCGCCAUCGAUAUUGUUUUAGUUCACUUGCUAGGUUUGCAAGCGUUCGGCUACAUUAUCUGUUCUACUUGGGCUUCAGGUGCAAGUUCACUUUGACGCUAAGUUACAUCAAUGGUCGAGAUCUGACCACUAUGGUUGGUUCCCAGUGUUAACGACUUGCUGUUGUGUUAUUGUGUGCAGUUAUUUACAAGCACCAAUGCGUUUCACACUCCUGACAAUUGUGUGCACAUUGUCACAGGGCAGCUUUGGGGCCUUCGUUAAUUUCACGCACUAAUAGAAGAGCAUGCAGUUAGUAUGGUGGUGCCAUGCAGGACGAAAUCGGCAGUGCAAAGGCUGUUCAGUUUUCUUCUUUUGAGCGUCGGGCAGUUGCGCUAUCGUGCGGUUAUUUCUCGGGUAAACAUGCUCGUAAACAGCGCUGGUAGUUGACUUACGAGAUGAUUGUGGUGCACGUGCUUGAGCAUUGCAUUUGGUAAUAGGUUGUACGCUUGUUGAGAGAGUUUGAAUACUGUAUCGCUAUUUUUUAGAGAAAUGAGUAUGGAUCUAGAUGCAUAUGAAGGUGGGCAAGAAGACCAACUUAUUUGGGUCACAUCAUGCACAAGACAAAAAACAUUAAUGAGUACACAAUGUCUAUUGUAACAAAAAGUUACAAUAACUGGAGACCCGUAAUACUUCGAUAGAUAGCAGCAUAGAUUACUUCUUGAGCCGAGUCACUUGGUAUGAAUCAAUUGUAAGAACAUGGUGCAAAAAUUGAGAUGCCUGUCUUGGUUUCUGCACUGUUCUUCACGAAAGAUGUACAGCACCCUAAUACUGGAUUAUGUGUUUCAGUUGGAAAUUCAGAAUUCAUUGCGUUUCCCAUGUGCAUCUCGCUCUAUGCUUUUUUUCUUCACAUUUUUUAAUGAUGCAUUGUGUUGGCUGUAUACGUAACCUGUUGUCUUUCCUUCGCAAACCACUCUUGCAGCAGUAACUGACCCGUUAAGAGCUUUUGCAUGCAGCCUUUGCCAUAUCAGUGCAUGGUGCUCCUAUUGAGCAGUAAUGGAUGCCCACUGAAGUGAACACUGAUGAACUGUGGUUAGUCACGCUAACUACAGUUUUCAAGCACUUGCAGCUUGCACAAAAGCACUGGCAGCCACACACUUCAAAGGAGUAGUGACACUAAAUUUUCAAGGGAAGAUAACUUGGAUAGGUCUGUGUAAACAUGCAUGCAUCUACAAAAUGUCGCCGACUCGAAGGCCUCGGGAUCAAAUCCCGGCGACUUCACUUCAGGUGCACAUUAAAGAACCACCAGGUAGUUGGCAUUUCCAGAGCCCUCCACCACGGUGUGUCUCAAUCAUAUUGUAGUCUUGCGACAUGAAACCUAAACAAUUCUCAUAUCAUCGAUCGAAGGAGGCUUUCAACUGCGAUGUGCGGAUGAUUUGCUACCUACUGCAACAGAAAAAAAACAAGGCAAAAAUGCUUUAAAUGUCACUUGAAUUUUGAGCACUGCACAUGCCAAAAGGAGUGGGCCAUUCAUAAAAAAGCCAAGCUGAUGCGCUAACUGCACGGUAUGGUUACAGCUGCAAGAGUUUUAUGCGGGAACUAAAAAAUGGCUGUGGUUGGGCAGUGUUGUAAUAUUUGUCCCAACAUUCUUUUUUACAGCGAUUUUCAUAUCAAGCAUUGUGAUGAGUCUGUUUUAGGAGAUGGUUAUGAAUAGUUAUUAUAAAAAGGCACUCAUGUUUAAGUUUUAGCCCUUACAUUUUUUUUUCUUUAGUGUUGGUUGCGAGCUAGUGUUUAAAAAGAAAAAUUGUUGUCAUUUCACAAUGUUUCAUUGUAUUUAUUUGCAAGCUCAUCUACUUAAAAGCAGAACACUGUACAGAUCUUUUUACACGCCAUGUUAUAUGUUUUUUUUUUCUCUCUUCUAUACACAAAAAUCCUUGUCACCGAAGGAGACUUUGAAGACAAUAAAAAAAUGUCACAACAAA